UUCUAAUUCGAAAAUUUUUAAAUGGUGAACAUGAUUUUUUUAAAUGUUUUUGUCGUUUCAAGAUAUCCUCUGAUAUAAUUGUUUUACACAUUUUCAAGCUUUUCAGAGUUCCAAAAGUCAAAUGCCCGGGGCAGCCCGCAGUUGAGGCGGUAAACUUAAACGUUUGUUAUCGAGUCUAUUCUUAAACAAAGUAAAGGUUCGACGGUUCUAUUUGGAUUUUGAGAACACGCUGCGAAAAAUAAAAUUAUUAAUACAAACUUUUAGGGGGUAUCUCUUUCGACCAUGAAGAAAUCUAAAACAACGCACCCGACUCACUCUCAAGCGGAAUGUGGUGUUUGGCUGGACCCUGUGCAACUUAAAGGAAAAGUUAAGCAGAAACACCUUGUCCGUCCGAUUUCCAAAUUGCUGAAUCCUUUGGCUAAAGGGGAAGGUUACAGUUUAGCUGUUGCACUUAACUUUACACAGACUAAAAUGGAAAUGCCAAAAACCAAACAGAGCAUCAUAUCCACCUUUUUCACUCCUCAUCAGAGAGUUAUCAAUAAGAUGUCUUUAUCUGGACUUCAAAACUUUGAUCCAGUUGUUUCAUCAAACGCUUCUGAAACGAAACAAGGAGCUGGUUCAAGUCUGCAAAAGGCCAACCUGGACGAGUGUGGUGUUGCUCUUGAGCAGGAGAGUAAACGUUUUACGGAGACUGGUCAGCUUUCACCUUUCCUCGAUGAAACAGAAGAAGAGAUGGCUGAGGACUUUAAGCCACCUCCCAGUAAGAAGAGGCUAGUUGAGAAGCCUUUGUUGCUAGAAAACAGUGAAGCUCCUCCUCAAGCGUGGAGUCAGGACCCCCUGUUCAAUUGUGACCAGUACAGUGAAAGUCAGAUUUACCAAACAGAGGCAAAUUUCACAACACCAAAGUGCUUGAAUGGGGCUGAGAUGGCUUUUUUUGAUGGUCUACGAAGCGAGGACGCCUUUGGAAGCGUGAUGGAUGUGAAAGGAAGAACCUCAACUCAGAAACCUGUUUUUACGUCUUCUAUUUCUGAAGACGAGGAGGAUGACAGAGCAAACGGCUCAAAAUCCAGAAGGAGCACUGUCUCUCAUUUUAAAUCAAAUUGCAAACAAUCAGAAACAGAAAACAUUUUGCAUCAAAAACAAACAGAUAAGUCGACGGACUUGUGGAGGACAAAGACGACCAGCCUUCCUCUUGAAAAGUACCUGGGAAGCACGGAGCCCGAUGAGAAUACUAUGGCCAACUUGUUUACGCAAGACUCUGAGGGCUUCAGGGUGAUUUCACAUCGAGGGCGGCAAACCAGGAGUCCGCUCAGAGAUCACAGUAAUCUAGUAACUGGGAUGGUGAGAACUUGUAAAUCUUUUCAGGAGGAGGACGACGAUGAGGAGAUGCUCUUUACACAAGACUCUCAGGGAAACCUGGUAAUCAGACACUGAAACAUCUUCUAGAAGUGGAUUUAAUUCCAUAAAAUGUGGACCAACUGUGCUUCAGAGCACUGAGGGGGUACAUUCAGUUUGCCAUGCAAAAUUAGAUCAUAAUAAAUCAGAACUCAGGUUUUGAGUUUACAUUUUUAUUGC